AGUCCUCGACCUUUCGACCAUCCAGCCUUCUCCAAGGUGAUGACUCCUGUCUCCUGAGACGUUGGAAAACCUAGUUUGGAAGAAGAGUAAAGAUACAGUUGAUGCUGAACUACAGCCAAGGAUGAAGCGACGAGCAUCAGACAGAGGAGCUGGGGAAACAUCCACUAAGGCAAAAGCUCUUUGUACAGGGAUUUCUGGAAACAAUGCCAAGAGAGCGGGCCCUUUUAUACUAGGUCCACGUUUAGGUAACUCCCCAGUGCCAAGUAUUGUUCAGUGUUUGGCAAGAAAGGAUGGGACAGAUGACUUUUAUCAGCUCAAGAUUCUUACCUUAGAAGAAAGGGGUGAUAAAGGAAUAGAAACCCAGGAGGAACGACAGGGCAAGAUGCUGCUGCACACAGAGUAUUCUCUCCUUUCCCUGCUUCACAACCAGGAAGGAGUGGUUCAUCAUCAUGGGCUCUUCCAGGACCGAGCUUGUGAAAUUAUAGAAGAUCUGGAAGCCAACAGAAUGGUCAGAAAAAUGAAGAAACGCAUUUGUCUUGUGCUGGACUGUCUCUGUGCUCAUGAUUUCAGUGACAAAACAGCAGAUCUGAUCAAUCUGCAGCAUUAUGUCAUUAAAGAGAAGAGACUGAGCGAGCGGGAGACAGUGGUGAUAUUUUAUGACGUGGUACGAGUGGUAGAAGCAUUACACAAGAAAAAUAUUGUGCACAGAGACUUGAAACUAGGAAACAUGGUGCUAAACAAAAGGACUCAUCGAAUAACCAUAACCAACUUCUGUCUUGGGAAGCACCUGGUGAGUGAGGAUGACCUGCUGAAGGACCAGCGUGGGAGCCCGGCCUACAUCAGCCCCGACGUGCUCAGUGGACGGCCCUACCGUGGAAAGCCCAGUGACAUGUGGGCACUGGGGGUGGUUCUCUUCACCAUGCUCUACGGCCAGUUCCCCUUCUACGACAGCAUCCCUCAGGAGCUCUUCCGCAAGAUCAAGGCAGCCGAGUACACCAUCCCUGAGGAUGGCCGGGUCUCAGAGAACACCGUGUGCUUGAUCCGGAAGCUGCUGGUCCUGGACCCGCAGCAGCGCCUGACGGCUUCUGAGGUGCUGGAUUCCCUCAGCUCCAUCAUAGCAUCGUGGCAGUCCAUGUCCUCACUGAGUGGCCCUUUGCAAGUGGUGCCAGACAUUGAUGACCAGGUGGCCAACCCUGAAAAUCCCCAAGAGGUGAAGGUGACAGAGGAGUGCUCGCAGUACGAGUUUGAGAACUACAUGAGGCAGCAGCUGCUCCUGGCUGAGGAAAAGAACACCUUGCAUGAGGCCAAGAGCUUCCUGCAGAAGCGGCAGUUUGGGAACAUCCCCCCCGUGCGGCGCCUGGGCCACGACGCGCAGCCCAUGAACCCGCUGGACGCGGCGAUCCUGGCCCAGAGGUACCUUCGGAAGUAGCUUCACACACACCCAAGAGCACAAGCACCACCCUGCAGUCUGCCUUUCACGUCGCCUACUACAGUCAACAGCAAUACCUGUGUCCUGUGAUGGAGAAUAAUGUAGCAAAUCUUCUGAGCUCUGUUCAGGGACACGCACUCACACUCGCUCUGGAGGGAGAAGACUUUGGGAAAAGCUAGUUUUGGAAGCAGCAACCUCUUGGCAUCUUCUGGAAUCUGUUUUUUAAAAUCGAAGCCUAGAUGACUAAUCUGCUUUUAAUCAUGACUGUAAUCUACCUCUCUUGUCUUUUUAACCAUGCUGUUCUCUGGAUCGAGCAAAGCCUGUGGGAAAGGAGAAGACUGCCCAGGGUGAGCUGGUUUGCUGGCACGAGAGUCGCGCCGAGCAGCGCGGGCGUCGGCCGAUGCGUUUGCUCCACGUGGUUUGAAUAAGCUGAGAUUUAUCGGGGUUUCUCAGAAGGAGGAAUUUCUCGAAACCUCCCACUUCCC